UUUUAAGUACAAUACAUUUUAAACGAAUUAGUCAUGUCUCGUUCUGCAACAGCUGAAUGUUUUGUGAUGUUCCUCACUCAACACCCGAUAGAUAAAGAAUGGCAUUCCCGAGCUGAAGUCGAAGAAAAGUUUUACAUUUUCAAAGCAGAAAAUAAAGUAAAAAAGACAUCUUUUUCUUCUUUUUACCAAUACCUUAUCGACGCGAAGUUUGUGACAGUAAAGCGCUCUGCAUCGGGGGAUUUCAUCAGAGUUUUGUAUCAUCAGCAAUCAAAGAAAAAUGAAGAGAGUAAAGCGAAGGCCAAGAAAAAUGAAACAGAGAAACGCCGCUUUGUUCAAUACAUUAACAACAGAAACAACAGAAAAAAGAUGAUUAAAGGUCCAGAUGACAUUGAUGUUAUAUGUUCCAACCAAGGUUUUACUGAGAGCAAUGCUGAUGAUGGCACUUAUUCAUGCACACUCUUUGAAGGUGAAACAAGCCGUAAUUAUCAAAUGAUUGUUCGCAACAAAGGAAACUUCAGUGUUGUGUUGAAAAAAUGUUUUCUUCUGUCUGAUCGAACUGUGAUUAGUCUUUCUGAUACAAUCGGUUGCUGCAACUUAAAAGCUGAUAUUGAAGUACAAAUUCCAAAAGAUGGGGAAUAUCCAAUUGAAGUUACAUGUAGCAGCGCUGAGGAAAUCUUGAGGUUUUCAGCUGAUGCAAUAUUCACGUUUGAAAGGAUUGAUAUAAAAAGAUCGAAAUUUUCAAUGCUUCGGCACCUCACAUGUUCAAGGCAAAAUAAUCUUAUGGAAGAGCUUGCUCCUCAAUCAAAGUUUGAAAAGCCACGUAGAGGGUUCGGGGUUAAAGAUCUAAUAAGUUUUACAUACGAAGGCACCCGACCUACUCUUGCUGGGAACAAGUUGGAAAAGACACUGAAAUUGGGCGAGUAUAAGGUUCCGGAGAAAAUAAGAUCUGCUUUGAAAAGAAAGGUGUUAUUAAGAAAAGAAGAUAAUGUUACCAACGAACAACGUGGUCAAAAUGGGGACAAUAAUUCUGACGAGAGCAUGAGACAAACUUUGCACUCCAAGUUGACCCCUGAAAACUAUCGGAGAAAAUUUUCAUUACUGUUGUACUUGGAGGAAAUACAGCAAACGGUGGACAGGAAAAUUUAUAAUAUGACCAAUGUUUUUAUCACCAAAACCAAAGGGGGAAACAACUUUAGGCUUAAGGUGAAAAAUAAAGUUGUACCUGGUUUACUGGAGCGUCGACCAUCUGUAGUAGUUGGUGAUUCAAUUCUCGUUAAAAUGCUGGGACCAAAUGAGAAGUUUUGCGACUUAGAUGGAAAUGGUCAACCUGUCUCUUAUCAAGGUUACGUGCACCAAGUUGAACAAGAAGAAAUUGUGCUUGGCUUUCAUAAAAAGUUUGAACAAAAGUUUGUCACCGGAAUGCCGUUUGCUGUUGAGUUUCAAUACAACCGUUAUCCAAUGAAGCUUCAACACAGAGCUGUUGAACAGUUGUUGAAUGCAGAGCAGCUCAAUUUUCUGUUCCCAAAUUAUCUCAAAUCCCAGUUUCAUCCAUUGAAAUGCCCAAAUAAUCUUAGACUGUACAAUCAGAAGUUGGAAAGCAAUAAACAGCAGGUACAAGCAAUCAAUUCUAUUGUAUUUGAUCAAUCACAAGUUCCAUAUAUUAUAUUUGGACCUCCAGGAACAGGGAAAACAGUUACAAUUGUUGAGGCAAUUAAACAAGUCAUUUCCCAUUACAUUGAAUGCCAUGUACUUGUGUGUGCUCCUUCCAACAGUGCAGCUGAUUUGUUGACAGAAAGACUACGAGAGCAUGUUGAUGUUAGAAAGUUGUUUAGGAUGUGUGCGCAGUCAAGACCAUUGGUGGAAGGUCCAGACUUUACCAAAGUUAUACCUGAUUCUAUCAAGGACGUAUGCAACUACAACCAAGCUAACCAUGAGUUCUUUUUCCCAUCUAAAAAAGAACUCAUGGAAUACAGUGUGUUGUGCACAACUCUUACAACUGCAGGAAGGAUAGCAAGCGCAGAUUUUCCGAACAAUCACUUUGAUUUUGUGUUUGUUGAUGAAGCAGGUUAUGCCUCAGAACCUGAACUUCUAAUUUCUAUCGCUGGUGUCUUGAAACAAGGAGGAAGGCUUAUUAUGGCAGGAGACCCCAAGCAACUUGGGCCUGUUAUUUUUUCUCACCAUGCGAAAGUACUUGGUCUUUCUCAAUCACUCUUGCAACGUUUACAUGACUCCUUUGAGAUUUAUGGGAAAGGUGAAGAAAAUUCCUAUGACCCCAGGUUUAUAACCAAGUUGGUAAAUAACUACAGAAACCACCCAGAUAUCCUUGAUGAGCCGAAUCAUCAGUUUUAUGAUGGUGAGUUGAAAGCAUGUGCGGACGAGUUGGAGCGUAACUGCCUCUGUGGAUGGAGUGAGCUUCCUCAGAAAAACUUUCCGAUCAUUUUCCGUGCCGAGAAUGGGGUAGAGGAACGUGAAGAAAGGAGUCCAUCUUAUUUUAACCGAAAGGAAGCUGUAGCUGUUUACAAUUACGUUGAGAACCUGCUGCAAGCGAGAGGUAAUGGAGUAACACCCAAUCAUAUUGGAAUCAUUUCCCCCUACAGAAAACAGUGCAAGAAAAUCCAGCAGCUUCUACGAAAGAUCAAAGGAUAUGAAAAGAUCAAAAUUGGUAGUGUGGAGGAGUUUCAAGGUCAAGAAAGAAGAGUCAUGCUUAUCAGCACAGUGCGAAGUGAAACUGAUCAUUUGGUUGAGGAUCUCAAACAGCAACUUGGGUUUCUGGCUAAUCCAAAGAGAAUGAACGUUGCAAUCACUCGAGCUAAAGCUCUUCUUAUUGUGGUUGGCAACCCUGAAGUUCUGUCUUAUGAUCCAACUUGGAAAAGCUUUAUUGAUUAUUGUUGGAGUCAUGGAGGCCAUACUGGAUUCCAUUUUGACCCAUCUGCGGAACGUAAAUACGAUCCGAUCUCCGACAUUAUUGAUAAACUGGAAGCGUUCGGAUUUAACUACGAUGACGGAGAAGAUGACGUCAGUGCAAUUAUGUCGUACGUAGAACCGAGAAUUCGCCACGAGUAAUAGUUGGGUAUUCGUCAAUUCGAUUUUCUUGCUGUUAAAUUAAAGUUCAGAAUUUGGGUUAAUUUUUCCAUCAAUUUUAGUUUGCUUUUAUCAUUGCUGCCCAGGUUACAUAUCCGUGUGUGGUGGAAGAUUUUACUGCAGUUAGAUUGCUUAAAUUAUGGUGAUCAUGACAUUAACUUUUAUUGUUUUAAUUUCGUCUGCACUACUUUUGCUACCUGGUGUGAUUGCUGAGGAAAAAAUGCUUUUAUCUUUUACAAUAUGGCGCAAUUAUGCUUCUUGUCGUUCUUGACUAAGUAGAAAGUGUGAAACCCUCUUCUUCGUUGUUUUCAUAUGUGUAUAAUUUUCAUCUCGUGUUUCCUGUAAUCUCUUCAAACAUAUCGUUCCAAUAUAAGUUUCAUUGCUGUAA